GGAUAUGCUCACAAGCUUUGAUUGAGAGCUGCUAUGUGUGUGGGGGAACUCUGGAGAGUUUAUAUGCUACUAUUUUAAAUUUAUUGACAUUUUUACCACACCUCCUCAUCCUUAUUUGCUGUCAGAGACUCUGUAAUGUUCUCCUCGUCCAAACCCUCCCCACUCUUGUCCUGGACCUCCAUGGAGCAAGCUGACUCAGACGCUCUGGAUAUCAGCACCAAAGUGCAACUGCAUGGGGUACUGUGGAAAAGACCAUUCGGGAGGUCUUCAGCAAAGUGGUCCCGCAGAUUCUUCAUCAUCAAGGAUAGCUUCCUGUUAUACUAUGCUGAGAACGAGAAAAAAAACUUUGAGACAAAUCGAUACUUUAACAUUCACCCUAAGGGUGUGAUCCCACUGGGUGGAUGUGUCGUUGAGCCAAGAGAACAUCAAGGCAUGCCAUUUGCUAUGGUUAUCAGCCAUGAGGACUUCACUGGAAACAUUGUCCUGGCUGCCGAAUCAGAGUCAGAGCAGAGUCAAUGGGUGGAGAUACUACAGGAUUCAGGAAAAGUCACUUGGAAGAAUGCUCAGUUGGGGGAGGCUAUGAUCGAGAGUCUGGAAGCUCAGGGCCUACAGCUGGCCAAAGAAAAGCAGGAAUACUUAGAUAAGCUAAUGGAAGAGACAGAGGAACUAUGCUUGGAAAGAGAAGAGAAGGCGGAGCUGGAGAGACUGAAUCAGUUGCUGGAAGAAGAAAAGCGGAAGUUUGAGGAAGUAGUACAAGAGCUGAGAUCAGAACAAGAGCAUAUUAAAGUGGAUCUGGAUGGCACGUCUCAAUGUCUGAGGGGAGUAGAAUCUGAGAAAGAAAAGCUUCAUAGUCUCACAACACUGCUGCAAAAAUCCUUAGAGGAGCUUUCCCAGGAGAAAGAGCGCACUCUUGAGCUGCUGAGAGGAAGAGGGCAGGAUGGUACCAAAACAGGAAAAGAUCAUCAGGCCUCUUUAGACUCCCAGAAUCCCGAGGUGCAGCUUCAGGGGAACCUGCGCCACAUUGAGGAGCAGAUGAGGAACCUGCUUAAAGAGAAGGAACAGGCAAAUCAAAGGCUGAAAGAGAAUGAACUGAGAGCCAAAAUUCUGCAGGAUGAAAGGGAGUUUUAUUCUUCCCAAGCUGGUGCACUCCAGCAGUCUCUUACACAGCUCACAACAGACAAACAGCACACUGAGGAGGAGCUGAAGGCUGAGAUGGAGUCUCGUGUGGAACUGGAACGUAGGCUGAAAUUGGCAGAGGAAGCCCUGAAAGAUCUAGAGCAGGGUCUAAAUGCAAUAGAACGCACCCGUGAGAGAGACGAAAGAAUGAGAGGAGAUGUCGGCCAUCUUCGCAAAUUCUUUGAGGAAUGCAUCAGUGCUGCAGAGAUAGAGGCCAAGCUACCAGCCAUCAUGAAAAAUGCCGUAUAUCUGCAUAAAGCCACUGCUCGCCGCAUCAAAAGCUGCCGUAUACAGAGACGGGCUUCUAGGAAGCACUGGCUGAAGCACUCACAGUCGUUUGCCUCUUCACGUGGUGUGGAUCACGGCCUUAAGGAGCUGAGAGAGACCACCUGAUGUUCGACUUCAGAUAGAUGUUUGAGACAGCGGGCCUAUUAAGAUCAUCACUCAACAACAACAACAAAAAACGUUCAGGGUGAUGACUAGAUAUAUUCUGCCAGAUGGACAUGGACUGACACACCACCCUGAGAACAGAUUUUUUUUCAUCCUGGUCUCUGUAUAAAUGUAACUAGGCCUACAGUAUUCACAUGAAUAUUUAAAAAUGUGAUUUUAACAAUGUCAUGAGUCAAAUUAAAAUAUAAACUUAUCUAACAACA